AUGUCGCAAACAACACGGCCAAAGGUCAUCUUCUUUGAUCUUGACGGCACCCUCUUUGAUGAUUACCACUCCCUUCAAUGUGCAAUUGCGGAGGCUCGCCACACCGUCAGGAUUCCCGAUACGAUGUCUGAUGGAGAACUCGCGGCGACCUACCUCAAAGCCCGCGACACGACCUACAGUGUAUUACGCAACGCCGAGCUCAGGGAAGGAGAAUUGCGACUGAAUAGAAUCUAUAAAUUCUUUUCGUUGAUUGGUCUCAAGGACUAUACCGACGACGAACUUCAAGCAUUCGAUGCUACCUACAAAGAAGCGUAUCGAAGCUCGAACAGAGCUACUACAGGAACGAUAGAGACUUUGACAAAGCUCAAGGAGAUGGGAUACAAUAUCGGUAUCAUCACCAAUGCAUCGGCAGUUUCUCAACAAGACAAGAUCGACCGGAUUGGAAUCGCGCACUUGAUUGACGGCCUUUUCGCCUCUUACGAACUUGGUUGGGCAAAGCCGGAUCCUCAAAUCUAUCACUACGCGCUGCACGAGUUCAACAUCACACCUGAAAUGUUGGAAGGGGAGGGCAAGACGUACAUGGUCGGCGAUGAUUUUAGGUGCGAUGUCAGGGGCGCUUGGGAUGCUGGACUGGAUCCUAUAGUGUAUGCACCUCCGUGUGCAGAGCCAGUACCUGGCCCGCCGUGGACGUCUUUGCCUGUUAUUUACGAAGACAUGACUCAGCUGUUGGGUAUCAUCGCAGACGAGGAGGCAUUAGAAAGGGCUCGGGAUGGAGAUGAAGGCGAAGACGAAGACGAAGGCAAAGACGAAGGCAAAGGUUGGGGCUGGGGCUUUCGUUGUUCGAUUCUGUAA